CUCGGAGGGCGAAGGAGGCGAGUGAUUUACAUGAGAAUAUGACGGAUAGGAAUUCGGAUGUUCCGUUGACGGGGUAUAAGGAUGGGUCGAGAUGUUAGACUUUAUUGUAUAGAUGUUUGGGUAUUGUUUGAGUUCUACGGUGUUACAUAUAGAUGGUCAUCAUGAUAAAUAAGAUUAAAGUAUCUAAAUACUACCUAUAUAAUACUGGCACGGUCAAAUGAAUACGUCAACAUGAUGUAGAAAUAUCAUUAUUGCGUAGUAGCGGCGGAGUAUAUAUAGACAACAUUCUCUGCGGAUAAUACCAAAAUAUCUAUAUCAACUGUUUUACUAGAUAUAAGAUAUACACCAUGGCUGACAACAUGAAUAGCCUCAAAUUCAGAGACCGGAUCCACCAACGACGAAGAGAAGGUCAACCUCUCACCGAAGAUGAAAUCAUGUUCAUCACCAACGAGAGUGCCGAGUUGGCGGGGGCGGGUUCAAAUGGUAUGCCACAACGAAGGAUAGAGUAUAUACUGAUAGUAGCAGUCAGCCCAGAGCAUAUCCGAUGGGCCUCCAAGGCAAAGGAAGUGUUGAAGAAGCCAGCCAAUGAGAUCAAUAAAGGUGAUGCUCGGGAUGUCACGUCCAAAGAGGUGAGUUUGUUUCCAGCCGGUUGAUGUCGCUGAUUGUUAGACUCGGGCGUUUGAGAAUCUUCCCGCGACAGGAUCGGUGGCGUCGCAUGUGCAGUCGGUGGCUGAUAGAAAUGAUGAGAAAUAGCUUAGAUGAGCUGGAGAGGAACAAUGC